CUCGACCUUCUAUUAAUUUUAACUCAAAUCAUACCAUUACAAAGGGUUGUGGUCAUGAAUCCUCCAACAUCGUUCCAGUUACUUAUCAUAGACUAAAUUUAGCACCCACUGAGGAUGUGUUAACUGAGACUAAGGAGUGGAUUCUUACUAAAGACCAAGAUAACUUGGCAUCUUCUGCACAUUUUGAUGUAAAUUUUAAUGAUUUGUAUUCAUUUAAAGGUCGUUCUAAACCAGGAGUUCUUUUAGAAGUAAAAGAUGCAUCCAUUUGGCUUGGCGAACGUAUUUUAUUUGACAAUAUCUCAUUCUCAGUUAACACCGGUGAGUGUGUAGGAAUCAUAGGAAACAAUGGCGUCGGAAAAUCUUCGAUGUUUGACUCCAUUUAUGAACGACUCUCGACAAAUUCAUCAACCAGUAGAAAUAGUAGGUUUAAGAAACCUCAAAUGUCAGUUUCAAUGGACGUUAAAUUUCAUAUCAAGGAUGAGGCAACGGCCAAUAAUAUCUCAAAUAACCAAUAUCUAUAUGCUCUCGUAUCUAAGCUUAUGGAACAUGAGAACCUGGACGAGAAACAAUUUACCGCAGUGUACAACAACUUUGAAUAUUCUGAAGAUGAAAAUAACCCAGUAUUUGCAGGCUAUAACCUCUCAGGCGUAGGUUACAUGAGACAAAACUACACCUUGGACUUGAACCCAGAAUCUACAGUGUCUGACCUCAUAUCAAAUGUAUUUGAAUCUUAUAACCUGUGUAACAACGUAAUGAAUUAUAUUGAGAGGAACCUAAACUUGUUUAACACGUUGAUGUUACACAAACCUUCGAAAAAAAGUAUGUAUAGUGAUGAAACGCCUAGCAAGAUCGCGGGUGAUAUUUUAUCCCUGUAUAACAGUGAAAGGGAUUUAAUAACACAAAAGUUUAGAGAAAUGAAGUUUCUGAUUAAGAAACUGGUUUCAAUAUUUGGAAUGGAGUCGGUGAUAGGAUCAACAGUUAACACUCUCAGUGGAGGGUUUAAGAUGAGGUUAUACCUAUUCAUUCUACUAUUACAUUCACCCAGCCUGCUAUUACUUGACGAGCCGACAAAUAACCUGGAUACAACCACCGUAAAAUUUCUUAUAGACGUAUUGAAAUACUUGAUGAAGAACUCGACCCUGUCAGUACUGGUUGUAAGCCACGAUACGGUACUUCUGAACACAAUUUGUACCUCAAUUCUACAAAUGCCAGGUGAUGGUACUAUAGCGCCAUUCAAAGGAAACUUUGAUGAUUUUGUACAAAAGGGAACGAAUGAAAAGAACAUGAAAAACGCAAGAAUAGAGAAACUGAGGAAGAAUAUCAAUGUACUAACCAGAGAUAUUCAAGAGUUGAAAAAAAGUAAGAAAGGAUCACUAAGUGCACUGAGGGUUACAAUUUCUCAAAAGCAGGAUUUAUUGGACGAAUAUCAGGAGGAACUUGAUGAACUAAUUGGUACACCAAUUUCAAAGUACACUAAAACUUACAAUAGAGUACUCUUCAAAAUAAACGACGACCACAGAUCAAAAUCAAAUGAAAAUGUUAAUUACGAAACCACUUUCAAUAUGAUAUUCCAGAAAAUAUUAAGGAAAAACCCACUAUUGAAUACAGGCCAGAUGCUUAACAGUUUUGGGCCUUUAUUCAAGCUAAUUAACAUUACCCUGGAUACACACACUGGCAAGAGAAUUUUUGAUAACCUGAAUUUGACAAUCCAUCCUUCCGAUCGCAUAGUUCUACUAGGUGAAAAUGGUAUUGGAAAGACAACACUCUUGAAACUGCUUUUUAAAUCUCAGGCAACUUUUAGAAAUAACCCACUGCUCGCCCAGAUUAGCAGUAUAGAGAAGAAAUUACUCUACCAGUCCAUAACGGAUUAUCUAGAUGUUGUAAACAGGGGUAUGGAUAUGGAAAUGGGUAGAAUGGAUAGGGAUUGGAAGUUGUUUGAGGAGAUAAACAAGGUGAACAGAGAAAUGACAAACUCUGAGGAGUCAGUAUAUGAUGCAGAUGACAUAGAGUAUCGGAUAUUAGUAAAUGAACCAUUUAACUUCACUUUGGUGGACGGAUUGAUGAGUGUUAAUGAUGCGAAAUUAUCUUACUACUCGCAAAACUGUUCAAAUAUUCUAAACUACAAUAAAACAGUGUAUAACCUUCUUAGAGAUUACGUAGGGAAUGAAGUUGAGCAAGAUGCGCUUGCAGAGUACUUGGGAUGUUUUCAUUUAGCAGAUUACGCGAAUUCGUCAGUUUCAACACUGUCAUUUGGUGAAAGGUCAAGACUCCUUCUAUCCUUAUUACUCAUUAACAAGGCCCACUUUUUACUGAUGGAUGAGCCAACGAACCAUCUUGACUUAUUCAUGAAGAAGCUCAUGAAGCUCAUUGUGAACGGAAUUUACAAGGGCGGUUUCAUGAUAGCGACUCAUGACUUGGACUUUAUAAAGGAUCUCAACACCGUCAAUUCAUUCAUUUACAUAUACUCAAAGGAUAAAGUUUUCAGGUUUAAUGAUAAAUUUGGGCCGGAAUACAUAGCGUUUAAGUCGGAGUACUCAGAUGCAACCAGGUCACAGGUUUUAGAUUUCCUUACACAGUUUGCUGGGGAUAAAAAAUAUUGUAAAAUAGCUAUAAAUCCAUUCAUUGAAGAACAGGAUAAGCAUAAAAAAGGUUCUAGAGGGAAAAAGAAGGUACAUCCACCAAGAAGCCCGAAUGACAGGUCGAGAUUUAAGAACAUUAAAAGGUGGAAAUGA